GCUGGGACGACAUGGGGAGAGAAAGCUCGGGGACGGGGCGUGCUGCGACCUGGAACAUGGCGGCGAAUUUAUACUAGUGUGUAGGUGUACUUGGAGGGCGGUGCGAUACCGAGGCAGGCAGGCGAAGGGUCGAAUUACAGGCACGCGAGCGCGCGGGUAGUAGGGUUUCGGCGAGAGCUAACUAGGCGGUCUCGGGUGGUCGUAGAAGGAAGAGCGAGAGAUGGUUGCAGGAGAAUGAGGCUGGCUCGAGUUGGUCGCUGCGGUGAGGAGGUGAUGAAGUCUCGGCUAGCGGUGGCCAUACUUAUACACUGGAGGGAGUUCCUUGGAGGGUAUAAGGUCGGGACGGAGCACAUGGGCUGGCGGAAUAAGAGGAUCGACAAACUGGGCGACUCGCUUGUGUCGAUUCGGGCAUCGUUCUGGCGCAGAUCACACGUGCUACGUCCUCAUCUGGCCUCCCUUGUCGUCCACCGCUCUCCUCUCGUCUCUCCCUCGUCCUUCGAUCCCUCCGCAAUCAAUCUCUGCGCUCACGUUCGCUGUCUCCAUCGCGACUUGGCCUUGUACUUCGCCGCCCUGCCUGCCUCUUUUGCCCCGGCGCUUCCCGACUUGCCUUAUCACGUCAGCGAAGAUUUCACCCGAGACAUUGUGGGCGUCGUCGCUGCGGCGACAAGAGCACGUUUCGCUGGGCCGAUACCUGGCGCUCAACGUCAAGGCUUCUCCUUGUACUUGCUGGAGCAGCGACAGGCCUUGACUCUGCGGCUUACGACAACGCCUGCCACAAGAGGGAUAGCCACUUGCCUCUGUGACGACCGGUGCUACUCCAGAUUGCGAUCUGCCCCAGUCCAUCAAGAUUCCUCGAAGCCACGGAAGGGGCCGCAUUCGAAUCUAGGGGAAGCCCAUAUUGGUCCAGCGAAGAGCCUCUACGCCCCCACGUGAUCCUGAACGGACGCGACCGCAGUGCGAUGGACGCGUUUC